UCUGCUUCUCAAUCCCCAAGUCCACCAUAACCAUGCGCAACUGAGCAUCCAAUUGACUCGCCGUUCCAUCAUGGGGCAGAACAACCCCCCCCUUCAGCCUCCCGCCCACCAAGGCUCCUCUCUCUCCUUCACACAGGGCUUCCUCCUUGGCCAAGUCUCCAUUGCCCUCUUAAUAAUCUUCUUCAUAAAAUUCUUCAUAUUCGGCGAGCCCCCAUCAGCCGAUGACCGCGCCCUGCACCUCUCCUCCCUCCGACGCGCCCGCACCCUCGCCCACCAGACCUCUCUCCACCAACGCACCGGGUCAAACUCGACCACCAAUCCGCUCCGCCACAAGCACUCGCGGAGUAUAAUACGGAAUCCUGUGAAUAGUAGUGGUCCUAGUAUCGCUACUAUUCUUGCGAAAACGUACUAUAAUGUGAAGGGCCACCAGCCGGAGAGUUUGGACUGGUUUAAUGUGCUGGUUGCCCAGACGAUUGCGCAGUUGCGUGCGGAUGCAAGACAAGAUGAUGCUGUUUUGACGUCCCUUACUGAGCUGCUGAAUACGGGGAGUAAACCGGAUUGGAUUGGGGAGAUACGGGUUACUGAGAUUGCAUUGGGAGACGAGUUCCCUAUUUUCAGCAACUGCAGAGUCAUGCCCGCAGAAGAUGGAUUUGGGGCUAGUGGAGCAAGUGGAGGCGGACUCGGUGUAGGAGGGGGAAGCGAAGAGGGGAGGCUACAGGCGAGAAUGGAUGUCGAUCUCAGCGAUGUGAUUACCUUAGGCGUAGAAACGACUUUGGUUCUCAACUACCCGAAACCGUUCGUAGCGGUAUUACCCGUUGCACUCGCUGUCAGCGUCGUAAGGUUCUCAGGUACACUCGCUGUAUCCUUCAUCCCCUCUUCAACGCCUCCUUCAACAUCAGCAAACACCCCCAGUCCAACGCCAAACUCAAAUCCAAGCUCACAACUCCAACCGCCGAACCACACAACCGCUCCCUCAUCGUCACUAAACCCCCGCCGCCACUCCACCUCCUCCGGAACAACCCCCUCCCGCCCCACAACUCUCGCCUUCACCUUCCUAGACGACUACCGUCUCGACCUCUCCGUCCGCUCGCUCGUAGGCUCCCGCUCACGGCUCCAAGACGUGCCUAAAAUCGCUCAACUCAUCGAAUCGCGCGUCCACGCUUGGUUCGACGAGCGCGUCGUAGAACCCCGCUUCCAACAGAUCAUUCUGCCGAGCCUCUGGCCACGGAAGCACAACACGCGAGGCGGAGAAAACGGUGAAGAAGUACCUGAAGAAGCCAUUGUUGACGACGACCACAAUCUCAUGGACACAGAAUCUUCAACAACCCCUGGCCAACGAAGUCGACCGGCUUCUUUCGUCCCUUCUUCACUGGAAGCUCGUAUGGAGGCCGAAGGCGCAAAACUCCGUGAAGCUGAGGUCAGGAGCGGGGACCGUGACCGUAGGGGCGAUCUUGCGGACGCUGGGAUGCGAUGGCGUGGUGAUCGCGAACAGCGAAAUAUGCAUUCGAGGGAGCAGAGUCGACAGACGAAUAGGUUUAGCGGGGAGUGGAGUGGACAGCGAGGAAUGCCUGGGGCAAUGCCGGGGGGGUGAAGAUAAAGCUCGAAGUGCAUUUGGAGUGGAGUUGUUUGUAUCUGUAUUAUAUUGUACGUUUAAAACUUGUAUUAGGUGGGCGUUUGAAAACAUUGCUAUCAGCAUAUCUAUCAGAGCGAAAGGUAGGCGCAUGGCACUAAAGGGACGGGCUUCUCAGUACCACACGCCAGCACUUCUAACAGUG